ACGAGCGCGACUUGGCCUUGGCGCGAGCUUUGCCUCCUUGCUUUCCGCGUCCUGACAUCACGGAUAAAAAAGCAGUUUCAACUUGUUUUACAACAAGGAUGUGUAAAGAACCCAUUUGAUGUAAUUUAUAAGAGCUACUGGGAGGGGUGAAGGGAGGUGGCUUGAUUGGCUAAAAGCGAAGCCCUAUCAAACAGCCAAUAGGAAAGCAGAAGGCCGAUUCCUCGUUUGCAUCCGAAAAUGAAGCAUUUCCUUAAUAGAGCUGAGAGAGAAAUCCCAAGAAGGAGCCGAAAGGACUGUGGAGGGCCUCCAGCAGAUGCAGAGUUACUACCACUUAAGGUCUCGGAGGAACUUUGCGGCAAUUUGCGGGCACUGGUCCAGCAGUUAAGAGCCAAUAGAGCACUCGCCACUUCAAGACUCCCGUGAAAGGAUCUCGCUUGCUCUCUUCUGGAUUGGCUGAUUGGGACCACAAGCACUUCUAUUUCCUUAAUGACGCCAGAAGUGGAACAGCCCAUCCAGUUCUCGGCCCCCUGAUCAUUGGUCACCGACUCUAUCAUGGGAAACAACACUUCAGGCAUCAAAAAAGAUUCUCCCCUAGGAUGCAUCCUUGCUAAUUGGAAACACUUUAAGUUAUACAGUCUAAAGAAAAAGAAAUUAAUUUACUUUUGUAAUGUGACCUGGCCCAAAUAUUCUCUUGGGGAGCAAGAAGAAUGGCCUCAGAAUGGUUCUUUAAAUGGUAAUACCAUUGCCGAGCUGUACCUCUUUUGUCAACGCUCCAACAAAUCGUUGGAAAUUUUCUAUGUUCUGCCUUUUGUGAAACUGCACGAGGACAAAAAGCACCAACGUUCUUGCCGUGUCUGUGUGGCCUCACUCUCAAAGAAUCCUGACCCCAUGGCCCCAUCUGCUUCAGAUUUCAAGCUCCUUGACCUUAUUUUUGCCCCUCCUAAUUUGGUUCCAAGGGCCUUCCUUGACUCUCUGCCUUCCAGUCACCCAGUCUCAUUUGCUGAGCCUCUCCCACAUGCCCCUGUUCCUAACCCCUCUGCCCACUCAGCUCCAAACCCUUCUCCCCCAGCUCUAUCCUCCACUAGGACCAGAUCUGGACUUAGACGACCUACAGAAACUCCUCGUCGUCGUCCCCCUCCCCCUCCCCCUCCUCCUCUUCCUCCUCUUCCUCCUCCUCCUCCUCCUCCUCCUCCUGCUCCUGCUCCUGCAGAUAGUCCCUCCCCUGCAAAUGGUUGUUUCCUCUUUCAAGAAGUUGCUGACAGAAGCAGGGAAAUUGUUCGAGCCCAUGAACCUUUUUCUGUCACCGACAUGAGCCAAUGCAAGGAGAUACUUGGAAACUUCUCAGACGACCCCAAUAGGUUUCAAGAUGAAAUUUUUAAACUUAGUUUAACUUCUUCUCUGACUUGGCAAGACAUCCUGGACAUUCUAACCCACUGUUGUACCCAGUAUGAGAAGGCCCUUAUUUGGGGGGAGGCCCAAGAAUAUGCUGAUAGCCUAGUUGUCACUAACCCCCAACAUGAUGUGAUCAGAUUGGCAAGAGAGUCAAUUCCAGACCAAAACCCUCAAUGGGACUACAGGGAUCGCCUUGGUAGGGCUAGGAUGGAACAUUUUAUCACCUGUAUAUUAGAAGGCAUAAAGAGGUGCCAAGUUAAGCAGGUAAAUUACAAAAAAAUUAAGGAGAUCACCCAGGAGAAGGAGGAAAACCCCGCCCUUUUCCUCAACCGUCUUUCUGAAGCCAUGAAAAAGUAUACCAACAUAGACCCUCAGUCAGUAGAAGGAAGGGUGUUAUUGGCCGUGCACUUCAGGACGCAGGCUGCUCCAGAUAUUAAGAGAAAACUUGCAAACUUAGAAAUCACACCCCACGUUCCACUGUCAACCUUGGUGAAGGAGGCCAUCAAGGUAUUUAAUAAUCGAGACCAGGCAAAGGAAGCAAAGAAAAAGAAGAAAUUAAAAAAUAAAAUCAGACCACCGCCUCAAGAUGACUGUAGACCUAGGAGAUCAGCCCAAGAUAAACGCCAAGGGUGGUCCGGGGUAGGGUGGAACCAAUGUGCUUCUCAUAAAAAUGAAGGAUACUGGAAACAAGACUGCCCAGAAAGGCACAAAAACAGGGAAUGCCUUGAUCACCCCAGGAAGCUGGGGCAGGUCAGUAACCCUAAUCGGCCCUCUCUCCCAGCUAACCUCUCGCAAGAAGGGACAGCCUCUGAGAGGGGAGGCCGGAUCGUUCACCCUGCUCUGACUCUUGACAACUCCAUCACUAUCACACCUGCAGAGCCUCGGGUCAGUCCCAAUGUGGCAGGUAUGAAAACUGGAUUUUUACUAGAUGCUGGCGCCGCCAACUCUGUCCUGACUCGGCUGGUUGGCCCACUCCCCAGUCGUGCAUGCACGGUUAAGUGGAUAGACGGGAAGCCUAAAGUAAGACAAUCUACUUUUCCUCUUACCUGUGAUACUGGAUCUAAAACUAUAGAUCACUCUUUUCUUUGUGUACCUGAGUGCCCAGUUCCCCUCAUUGGUAGAGACUUGAUAAUGAAAUUAGGAGCUUCUGUAUUUCUUCAGGAAGAAAAUGGCCACAUCUCAGAGCCAUACCAAGGAAUCUAUUCAUUGUACCUUCCAGAGGAUAUUAAAGCCCAAGUCAGGGCUACAGUGUGGGAUACCAGUACCCCUGGGCGUGCCAUAAAUGUAGAACCUGUUAAAAUAAAAUUGAAACCAGGAGCAAAAUGCCCGUGGCAGUGCCAACCACCGUUAAGUGCUAAGGUUCUGAGGGACAUGGAGCCCCUUCUAGAGAAAUUCCUUAAACAUGGAUUAAUUAGACCUUGCCAAUCUCCCUGCAAUACUCCAGUCUUCCUGGUAAAGAAGCGCAAUGGGGAACAGCUCUUCGUCCAAGAUCUUCGAGCAGUUAACAAGAUGGUAAUCCCUAUUCACCCAACAAUCCCCAACUCCUAUACACUCCUCACUCAGAUUCCCAGGGAAACCCAGUACUAUACUGUACUGGACUUGAAAGAUCCUUUCUUCUGCAUCCCCUUACAUCCAGACUCCCAAUAUUUGUUUGCUUUUGAAUGGAAAAGUCCCAAGACUUGUAAAGUUACCCAGUACACCUGGACGGUAUUACCCCAGGGGUUCCGGGACAGCUCUCAUCUCUUCAGAAAUGCCCUUGCUAAGGAGCUCAGGGAGCUUAAACUUCAAAAUGGAACAUUGUUACAAUAUGUAAAUAAUUUACUCAUCGCCAGUACCAACUAUCAAGACUCCCAACACAAUACUAUAAUGACCCUAAAUUUUUUAGCCCUGCGGGGAUAUAAGGUAUCCCACUCAAAGGCCCAGAUUUCCCUACAAAAGGUCCGAUACCUACAGUUUAUCCUCACCCCAGGAGCCCAGUUGCUGGACCCAGAUCGCAAAAGGGCAGUCACCUCGUUGCCAGUCCCUACCACCAAAAAAGAACUGCGCAGGUUCCUAGGGACAGCAGAAUUUUGCCGAACCUGGAUCCCGAAUUUUGGGCUAAUAGUAAAGCCCUUAUAUGCGGCUUUAAAGGGGAAAGAAAGAAAACUACUCUGGGAUCAAAUUUGUCAGCAGGCAUUUGAGACUCUCAAGACUAAAAUAGACCUCGCAUCUGUACUAGGACUGCCAGACCUGAGGAAGCCGUUCUUCCUUUAUAUUCAUGAAGAACAGGGAAUCGCCUCAGGAGUCUUAACCCAAAAGCUGGGGCUGUCCCAAAAACCCAUAGCUUACCUCUCGAAACAGUUAGAUUCGGUGGCCCAGCGUUGGCCCGGCUGCGUAAGGGCGGUGGCUGCCACUGCUGUUUUAGUAAAGGAAGCCUUAAAGUUGACCUUAGGACAAUGGCUUGAAGUUUUCACUCCCCAUCAGGUGCAGACAGUAUUAGACAAUGGACAUCACUGUCUAACAGAAACACGGAUCUCAAAAUACCGGGCUCUCCUCCUACAUACCCCUGACCUCACUCUAAGGACUUGCCAGACUUUAAAUCCUGAAACCCUUCUACCCAGUACAGAAGAGAGCAUUCCUGCAUGGAGACUCAAAACAGGUUUAAUAUAGCAGGCCAGAUUUCCAGGAUGUCCACUGAGAAGAGGCAGAGGAAAAAUUCUUCACCAAUGGGAGCAGCUUUAUAGAAAAGGGCACCCAGAAAGCAGGACAUGUUGUUCAUUGCCAGCCUAGAUAAAGUAAUAGAGGCUAGUAAUACCUGUGCACAGAAGGCAGGGCUAGUAGCCCUAAUCAGGGCACUACAGUUAGGAAAGGAUAAAAGACUCAACAUUUACCUGACUCUAAAUAUGGGUUUCUAGUACUACAUGCCCAUGUAGCCUGGAAAGAGCAAGGAAUGCUAACCACAAAAAAUUCCCCCAUAAAAACUUAAGGAGCUAAUAUUUCUCCUAGAAGCCGUCCAGCUUCCUUCCAAAAUUGUGGCGAUACACUCUAGGGGCCACCAGAGAGGUAGUUCUUAAAUUAGUUUUAUAGACCAGGCAGCUGCACAGUCCUUAACACCCAGAAUCCUUGCCCCAACAAUUGGACAGCCAGACCUCCCCUCUUACCCUAAAUAGACUCCCACAAGGAGGCAAGCUGAGAAAGGGAUAUAGCCUAAAUGAAUCAGCGUGGCUAGUAGAUGCCAACACAGGAGUACCUUCCCAGAUGAGCACUGGCACAACCUGUAAAUUAAAUCACUCGCUCCCACCAUUCCUAGCCACCCCUAUCUAGGCCAGGCUAAAUGGCUACACGAUCUUAAUAACGCCACUGCCCCAACUAUAUGGGACUCCAUUAAGGGGUACCUACUGAAUAUCACUUGGCUCCUUCCUCUCCUAGGACCCCUGGAAGCUAUUUUACUGUGAUUACUUUUUGACCCUUGCCUCUUUAACCUCACAAAGGCUGCCUCUUCAUGGCUACAACAAUUCCACGUUAAGCGGAUGGUCAUACAAGCCUUCCAGCCCAUCCCAGACAAGGAAGACCCCGGCCCUUAUCACUCUAGGUCAGGUAGCAAGAGAAUUUUAUUCCUCCCAAGUAUAGGAACAGUGGCCUUGUUCAGCAGGAAGUAGUUACAGAAGAGACCUCCAACCCUAAUCCCUAAAUGAUACAAGCCAAACAAAAGAGCCCCCCUCGCCAGAGGAAUUUUAAGUCUUUUUUCCUAGUUUCUUAGCUCCCUAGUCUCUUGUCCUAAUCACUUUUUUUUCCUUUGUGG